UACAUUUAAAUGACAUUUUCUUUAUUUUUUGGGAAAUGUUUAUUAAAUUAUUUGUGAAUAUAAUGUGUGUGUAUGUUCUUCAUAGUGGGCUGUGUAAGACUCACUUUAAGUUCCUGUAUGUCUCGUAUACCAUUUUAUGGAGUUUUGUCAAACAUUUCAUAGUGUCACAUCUGCCCCCACAGUUCUGAGGACCGGAGUUCAACUCUCGGUCCCGCCUCUGGCUCCAGCACGCCCGCGACCCUCGUGAGGAUAAGCAUUACAGAAAAUGGAUGGCUGACCAUUGCAGUAGUACUUCGCUUUUAGACAUACAAUAUUGCGCCACCCACAGGCCAGGGAAAUAUAAUAAACAGUUGUGGUUCCAACAGUAAAACGUGUGUUGUAGCUCCACCGACCAGAGGAGGCGCCCGAAAUUACUUUUAGGUAUAAUGCUGCAUUUAAGCAGAAGUCACUUUCAGACACCGGUUUGCCUUGUGAAUGGAUUUGGUCUAACGGCAUUUUAAUUAGUCCAAAGUGAAAUUGUCACUCGGCUUAUGUAAUGUUUAGAAAUCCUUCCACAGUCCUCACACAAACGGAUGACACGACCCUCGUUCUGUUUACUUCCGCAUCUUCACGGUAAGACCCGCCUUCAUUAAUUUGAUUGGCUUCUCUACAAAAAAAAAAUGCAAUUUCGUGUUGAUGAUUGGACGGAAAAUAUUACGUCAUGUGAAUGACACGUGACCGCCGCUGUCUGGAGGAGGAACACAGCGGACAACAGUUCUUCCUGGUCGGAGGUGUGAGGAAACACAAGGAGAGCUGAGCUGAUACUCCCGAUGGAUUCAUGUUGAUCCUGAAUUUUUUUAAACUGAGUCGAGCAGAAGUGCGUGUGAGGAGACUGGCUGCUCAGCUGGGUAAAGCAGCUAUGUCCACUGCCAUGGCCAAUGGGGAGGCUCCCACCGCGGCCAUCCUCAUCAUCGGGGAUGAGAUACUCAAGGGCCACACCGUGGACACCAACAGCGUCUUUCUUACACGAGCGUUAAGGAAGCUUGGCGUAUCAGUGCAGCGUAUAACAGUCAUUCCAGAUGUCCAGGACGUCAUUGCCAAAGAAGUGGCCCUCCUUUCUUCACAGCACACUCACCUCAUCACCUCAGGGGGCAUCGGGCCCACACACGACGACGUCACCUUCGAGAGCGUCGCUAUGGCCUUCCAGGAAGAGGUCUAUCCCCACCCUGAGCUCUCACGGCUGGUGGAGGAGUUCUUCGGGGUGGUGGACAAAAACAGCCCGGCCAUGAAGUUGGCCAUGGUGCCCCGUUCAGCCAAACUCAACUUCGGAACAGACUCUCAGACAGGAAAACCUCUCCGCUAUCCACUGGUGAGUGUGCGUAAUGUGUACAUCUUCCCGGGAAUACCAUCUCUAAUGGAGAGGGCCUUCAGUGGCUUGGAACAUCUCUUUGCUAGUUCAGGAACCACUUUUCACACUCGUGAGGUUUUUGUGGCUGCGGAUGAAGCCGAAAUUGCCCCUGUGCUCACCAAACUCCACACCUCCUGGGGCCGCAAGGUGGCCCUCGGCUCCUACCCUGACUGGCUGAGCAACUACCACCGAGUCAGGCUGGUCCUGGAUUCGGACAGUCAGGAGGAGGUGGACAAAGCUCGGGCGCAGCUGGUCGAGGAGCUGCCUAAGGGAAGCGUGGUACCUUUCGUGAAGGACCCAGUGUCCAUCGCCACCGCUGAGGUGUACACGUUAGCCAACACCGGCACACCGAUGGGCGAAAAAGUUGCAUCUGCGCUGAAAACAGUUGAGGCGGCGCUGGAUCAGUAUUCCACAGAGCAAGUCUGUGUCGGAUUUAACGGCGGCAAGGACUGCACGGCGCUGCUCCAUCUCUACUACGCGGCAAUGAAGAGGCGCUACCCGGACAGUAAAGACAAGGUGAAAGCUCUUUACAUCCGCAUUGUCUCUCCAUUUUCAGAAAUGGAGCGGUUCCUCCAGGAUACAAUAAAAAGAUAUGACUUGGAUCUGUUCUCGGUGGAGGGCAAUAUUCGGCAGGCGCUGAGCGAGGUGCAGGAGCGGAGGCCCGAACUGAAGGCCGUCCUGAUGGGCACCAGGAGGAGCGACCCUUACUCUCACACCCUCACCCCCAUGUGUCCCACUGACCCCGACUGGCCGCCCUACAUGAGAGUCAACCCUUUACUGGACUGGACUUACCACGACAUUUGGUCCUUCUUGAGGACACUAUAUGUUCCCUACUGCAUUCUCUACGAUAAAGGGUACACGUCACUGGGCAGCAUGGACAAUACGUGUCGAAAUGCAGCUCUGCAGGUGGUCGACAGCAGGGGGGUGAAGCGCUACCAGCCGGCCUACCUGCUGGAGAACGAGGAAGAGGAGCGGAACUCACGCGUCUGAUGCUUUCUUACCUGUACACAAACAAGGACGUGUUUUUUUUAAACUUCUGUUCAGCAGCUGAAAGAGCUGUAAAAGAAGCGUGUUUGGGUAGUGCAAACGUGUGUGUGUGUGUGUGUGUUACUGAUCCAUUAGCUUUCUGCGCUGCUGAGUAAAGCAUCAAUCAAGUCAUCUUUAUCUAUGGUCACGUGACUAUUUCAAAAUACAAUUGAUUAAGCUUGA